CUCGACCCAGUUUGAAAGUGAACCAACGGCUCCAGUCGCUGCUUCAGUCCCCAAACAACAACAAGAAUCCAGGAUCCAAAACCCGAGAACCGGUCCGAAGUCUGCCUUAGCCCGUAGCCGGUCCUCCUGACGAGCCGCAAGUAUGAUGCGUAAAGACGUCAACAAGCCGAAGGGGAAGACGUCGGCGUACGCCUUCUUCGUCCAGACGUGUCGAGAGGAGCACCGGAAGAAAAACCCUGAACAGUCGGUCAACUUCGCCGAGUUCUCCAAGAAAUGCUCUGAGAGAUGGAAGGCUUUGUCUCCCAGUGAUAAGAAGUGUUUCGAGGACAUGGCCAAGGCCGACAAGGUGCGUUACAACAGGGAGAUGAGAGACUACGUCCCACCCAAGGGCUUCGGAAAGAGGGGCCGCAAGAGGAAAGACCCCAAUGCACCCAAAAGACCCCCGUCUGCGUUCUUUGUGUUCUGCAGUGAGUACCGUCCCAGUGUGAAGCAGCAGUAUCCUGGUCUGUCUAUAGGCGACUGUGCCAAGAAACUGGGAGAGAUGUGGAGUAAACUGUCCCAGUCCGAAAAACAGCCGUACGAAGAGAAGGCCCAGAAACUACGAGAGAAAUACGACCGGGAUAUGGUGGCGUACCGCGGCGGCGGCACGUAUGCCAGGAACCCCGGCUCCUCAGCUCAGGGAGGAGAGGAAGAGGAAGACGACGAGGGGGAGGACGAAGACGAGGAGGAGGACGAUGACGAGUAGAGACGAGGAGCGGCAGCUGGAUGAGAGAGAGAGAGCGAGCGAGAGAGAAUGUGUUAGAGAGAAAGAGAGACAGGUAGGUGUGUGUGUUUCAGAGGUCAGACUGUUUUUAAACACAGUGAAGGGGAGGGUCUGUGACAGCUGAUUGGACCAGAGGAGACAGAGGGUGGAGCUUCACAGCAGGUGUUUAGAGAUUAGAAACAGACAGAGUUUAAAACAAAGUAAAUGUCAGACUUUUGAUGUGAAAAGACAAAGCUCCUGCUGAACGACAGCAGCCUCCUCUGAAAUUUACUGCUGCAGCUGAUUGUAGGGAGAGAAGAAGAAGAGGAGGGACAGGUGAAGAUGAAGGUAAACUCAACUUUACAUCAGGGAGUCCAUCUGCCAGCCAAUCUGUCGCGAUGGUAACGGGGAGCAAUUUGGUCAGCAGGUUGGUUCACUGAUGACGAGUUUAACAGUCAGAUAUUAACUUCAGUUUGUGUCAUUGACAAAGCGACAGGAAGCUCUUUGUUUUCUAACGAACGGGAAAUCGAACAGCAGUGUUUCUCCAUCAGAUCUAGGGGGCACGUUCGGUUACAAACAGUGUUAUCGCUUGGUAGUUUAACAUUUUCCCCUUCAGGAGAUUUAAAGUCAAAUAUCUGGAGACAGUUUAGUAAAAGGUUGUUAGUGUUCAAAUGUUUCCCUGUGUGUUUUCUUCCUUCCAGGCAGCUACUGGCUUCAGUUCAGUUCACUAUGAAACUUUGCAGAUAGCUAACCCUUCACAGACAACAUCAGGACCUCAGUGUUCAGCGUCGGGCUGUGUUGUUGUUGGGUCGUAUCAGCACAGACUGAUUUAAACAGUUUGAUACGACACAAACAGCCACAACACAGAUAUUAAAGAUAACUUCUUCCUCAGAUUUAGUUACCUCCAAUAUUAGUUAUUACGAUUAAUAAGGUAAUACUAACUUGAUUCAGACACUGAGUCCGAGGUCAGGACAGCCAUGUGUUUCCUCCACAUCCUUCACUAUGAUGUUACUCGGAAACAUCACAAGUUCAAACCACUUAUCGCAGUUCAUUCGUAGUAAGAUUGGUGGUCAGUGACUAUGUAGUUAGUUUUCUGAGCCUUUAUGACACUUAUAGGGACUGUUUUCAUUUAAGGAGUAAGUUCAGUGUGUUGCUGGUUUGAACUGUUUGAUUCAGUUCAGGACAAAUUUAGGCUCAAAUUAUCACAGGUUAUAAGGUCAGUGGCUCAGACCUGUCACACACUUUCUGUUGCUUUUUAAAGAUGAUCGUGUAGUUUUCAGUCUGUAAAGAGCUUCAGUGUAGAGAGCUAAUCAGUAGCUCUCUUAAUGAGCAGACAGUGACUGAUUAAUGAGUUCAGUCGGUUUGCGUGUUAAGUGUUGGUUCGUGUAUUGAAAACAGGUGUACAGUGGAGCUGAUGGACAGGAAGAGAAGCCAGCGGCUGUCUGGAGGAAGGACAUCAGUCUAAUUACUACUUUAUAAAUGUCACCUGGAUAUAAAGCCCAGGUUGAAACCGUGAGAUCUCCUGCACACUGUCAGCACAUGCAGUCUGUUUAUUAGACACUGUAACGAGGUCACAUGACCAGAUGGGGUUGGGUUAUUAAACAGAUGGAGAGCGCCCUCAGUCUGCACCUGAUGAUGUUAAUGUUUUAACAUGUUAAAACCUCGUCGGUGUGUUUGUUUGAUCAUGUGACUGAUGACGAUGUUCACCUGUAUUCAGGCAGACAGGCAGAGAGAGAGACCGGUCGCUCUGAAACACACACACAAAGGACCAGAGAGUGAGUGUGAGUGUGUGUCUGUGUGUGUGGGUGUGUUACCU